UCAUUUAGUCCUGCUUUUCCCCCUUUUCAUGCUCCACCAUUAAAUUCUUUCAUUUACUUUCUCUCUCCUUUGAACCAGUCUUUCUCACUAUCACUCCAUCUCUCAUUUCUCACUUUAUUUUCUCUCUCUUCACUCGCCAUUCUGCACCCAUCUCUCCUCCCUCCAUUUUUUUCAGAAUCUGUAGAGACUCUAAAUUUCUAAUAUUAUGAAAUCUUUCAUCAUAUUAGGGUAGUUUCUUCCUAAAUUCCUACUUGCAUUACUUCCUAAAUUCCUAAAUUAAGUUUAACACUCUAAGAAUUGAAAGAGUGUGAUGAAGAGGCUACUGGAAUUUGGGAAGAAAGCAAUGUUCUAUGUUAGGAUUCUUUCUGGUUACGAAGAGCGUCGGAUUUGAUCUUACAUAUUACAGCUUGAGCAGCGUCUUCGAUCUGCACAAGAAAAAAAAAAGAGGCCUCAAGAAAGAUCCCUGAACAAAUUAUGCUGUCUGAAAUUCGAAAAAUGGUGGAAGAAAUGCAAAAUGUAAAUAAGAGGUUGGAAGAGAUGAAAGGUGAUAUUAACGAGUAUUUCAAGCCAGUUGACAAGGAAGUGGGAGUUCUUAUGGAUACGCAGAUGGAGAAAGACAAAGAAAAGAUGGAAAUGAUGGGUUCCAUGUAUAAACAAGCUCUGAUUGAGAAAGCUGAAACACAGGCAGCUGGAGAUGUAAACAGUGCUAACCAAGCGAAUAUGGAAACAAUGAGUGCCAUGUUCAAACAGGCUCUGCUUGAGAAAGCUGAAGCAGAGGUGGCCGCUGAAAUGAAGAAGUCACAAAAAGAACAAAAUCUUCCUCUCUCUAAACAAGACAUUGCUUUGUGGACUGAUUGGACUCCCUCCAUCAAACGGCAUCCUUCCACAAUCGUCAAUGCAUACCAAGAGCCUUGCUAAUCUCAAGAAGCAUUUGAUUGGGAAGAAGAUGGUAGAGUCUGCAAAACAAAAUAUAAAGAAUAAUGCUAGCAGUACUGAAAUAUAUGGCCAGAUGCAAGAUAUUUUCAUUGAAAUGGAUCAAAGUGCUGAUCCUCAUCAAGUUGCCAAAGAGCUUAGUGAGCUGAAACAGGCAGUCAUGAAGGGAGACAAAAAAGAAGGCAAGGACAACAGUACAGCCAGUACUUUUAGACUUGAUCAAAUCGAUGCUUAUUUGCCAGUUAGAGUCAACGAGCAGAGAGUUAGUAACCUCUUACAGUCGGUCCUUGUAGCAGGAGCUGUAUUUGCUAUGCCCGUGAUCAAGUUGAUACCUACCUCGGUUCUUUGAUAUUCAAAUCCUGAAGUACAUUCAAGUGGUCUAAUUCAAUUGAUGGUUUUAUAUUGUGUUUACAGUAUAAAUAUGUUUAUUAGGCUUUUAGAUUUUGUUUUUUGGGUGUUUGAAUUCUGUGCUUGGUAAGGGAAUAAUAUAGUGAUAGGACUGCACAUAUUUAAUUAAUCAUAUUUUUAGUAUUUCAGCUCUAUAAGAGCAUUACCCCCUUAGUCUCUAGCUGAAAAAGUAUUUUUAUAAUUAUCUUAGUUUAAUUUGUCCCAAUUAAAGUAGGCUUUAUUAAUUGACAUCUUGUUGGGUUUAGCUUAAUGGUUGUGCAUAAGCUGUCGGAAUCAAGAAGGGAGUUAUGGACAAAUUAGUUAAUUAGUUGAGUGUAAUAUGCAUUAGUAGUUGUUUUAGGCAUUGUCAUGAUAGCUAUGGCCAAUUAAAAGGGUCUUGCCAC